UAUUAUUGCAAUUUGAUUGAUAGCACGAGAAGUAUUAAAUGGAAAAUACCUUAUAGACAUUAGAUAUGUUUUAAAGAAUCAAUUUUUCGCACAACAAAAGUAUUUUCAAAGAAAUACAAUUAAACUUUGAGAUUUAUUUCGAAUUAAAAGAAGUAUAAAAGCUACCAAAAUGUCUCGUUGGAAUAAAAGUGGAAGUAAUCGCUUUCAGCAAACAGUCGUACCGCUCGAUAAUCUGUUACGCGAAAAGGAAAACAAGAAUUCUGUGGCUGUUGGAACUGUAAUGAAAUUUGGCAUGAUGCAAUUUACUUCUAUACGUUCUUCAUGUUACAAUAUGGGAGCACUCAAUUCUACAAGUCCAAUCCAAAAUUCAGCUAGUUCACCAACAAGUCCCGACCUAAAUGAUACAAAAAUAUCUGUGGAACAGACUCCCAAACCAAGAAAAUUCUUUAAAAGUCGAAAUUCAGGAGGAGCUGCUGAAAUACAUCAACAAAUUGCAUUACAACAACAAAUAGCUAUACAGCAACAAAAUCAAGCACAUAAUAAUCAUAUACAGCAUCCAUCAUCAUCAGAUGAACAGUCACAGAGUCCACAAAAAAUGAAUAAAGUCAAGAAAGGAUCACCGAAAAAGGAAAAGAAGCUGAAAGUUGAGAAACCAAAAGUUGAAAAGCCUAUAAAAAUCAAGAAAGAAAAGCCACCGAAAGUACAAAAAGUACGUAAACAGACAACAACAGAAACAGUCACAUCUGAAGGUGAUAAAUCAUCGCCAUCAAAACGAAGUCGUGCAGCCAUAGAAGCAACAAGAUCAUCGAAUAGGGCACGGGGCAAAAUUAAUUAUAAUGAAGAUGUAGGCGAAGAAGAGUUUAUUAUGCGAACCGAGAAACGCAUAGCACCAAGACUAUUAUUAAAACAGCAACAAGAAGAGCAGCUUGCAAAAGAAGCAGCAUUAUUAUCUACGCAAGAGUCAUUUUCAACACAAGAAGAACAUCCAGAAAUCGAAUCUCCAACAAUCAAUCAAGCACCUUCCUCAACAGAAGCAAUUCCAUCUCAAUCUCCUAUUCAUCCACCUAUAGUUUUGAGGAUAUCCAAAGGAACAUCUCGAUUAGUCAGCACGGACAAUGAAGAUGGCGUAAAAUCGCCACAUUUAAGUGGAGACAAUUCAAGUGGAGAUGAAAAUAAGAAUGUUGUUAAUAACAAUAAUGCUUUGACAUCUACGGACGAGUUAAUUGCAGUUUUAUCUGGAGAUUUAGCUCCUGAACAACCAGAACCAGAACAGAAGCCUGAACGAAUUCGUAUUCGUAUUAAAAAAGAUUAUAUUAGAUCCUAUAAUGAUAGUUUGAGACAGCAGGAAGCCAAGGAAAAAACUGAAGAACUACAGCAACAAGAACAUCAAGAAGAACAGGAAAUUUUAAAGGAGCCAUCGGAAAUAUCAGAGCCAAGCAGUGGACGUGUUACAAGACGUCGUGGUAAAGCUCAAGAGAAAAUAGAAACAGCAGCACCAAGAAUAUCACCAAUUGUGUCUGAAUUUGAUUCACAAAGUUCAGUUUUAGGAAGUGUUACUUCUCAAGCCACAACAGGCACAUCAACAAGCAUUAUGAAUCCAUCCCAAGGUGAUUGUAAAGUUAUUCAUAGUCGAAGUUCGAGUGUCGUAACUAGUGAUGUUGACACGUCUAUUCAAAGUUCAAUGGCUGCCGCUCCACCAUCAGGAUCUGAAAACUUUAGCAGUAAUAAUGGUUCACAAGAUGAAACUCCAAUUGUCCAAAAAGGUCGUCGUGGUAGAAAAAAACAAAUGCCUGAAAUUAAUGAAAUUGAAAUGAAACCACCGGAACCGAUAAUUGUUGAAAAGCCAGCAACUCGAACGAGAAAUACAAGAAAUAAGGCACAACAAUUAAGAGCAGAAUCUGUGGAAUCAAUAACAUCUCCUGAUGUAUCACCAACAAAAAGCGAUAGUUCAAGUCCUGAAAAACGUUCAACACGAAACACUCGAAAUAAUAACGUCAAUAAUGUAUCACAGAAUAUAACGGAAGCAUCUACAGUCUCAAUUCCUAAGUCACGAAAGAGAAAGAAUCCAGAUCCACAGCCACAACCACCGAUAGAAGAAAUUGAUCAUCAUAAUUCGUCAGUUUCUACAGAUGAUCAAACGGCAGCUCUAAAUCUAAGUCAAAGAUCACUGAAUACAACUUCCAGUACAUCAAUGUCUGAUGAUAUUUUACCUCCACAAGUUCCAGAAUACAAACACAAGAAACUUGUUAAACGAUCCUGGGAACAAGAUAAACCGACUCCUAUGGAUGUUGAUCAAGUUCCAGCGCCAACAACUCGAAGUAGUCCAAAUAAACAAUACAAUAAUAAUCAUCUACAAAAACAGCAAGAGUCAAAUGAAAAUAAUAGUAAUCCAGGUGUUAAGCUGCUAAUUUCAAAGAAGAAAGGAAGUAUUUUUAAGAGUCGAGCAUUAGACAAGGACGAAGAUAACAAUAAGAAGCGACUUAACUUGUAUAAACAUACAUGGGAUGAAGAUGCAGAAUUAGCAGAUCAAGCAAAUAAUGCCAACGAUAAAGCAGAGACGUUAAGCACAAUAACAAACUCGGGAGCAGCAACGACAUUCUUUGAUGGUGAAACGUCAGGAAUUUCACGAUUUUCGAGACAUAAGAAGACAGAAAAUAAUGUAAAAGAGUCAAUUAUUGAUGAUUUUGAUGAAGAUGAUAUGCCACUUGCUGGUAUGAAUCAUGAUAGAAAUGCUAAAGAUUAUUAUCAAGUUGUAAGAAAUGUAAAGAAAGCACAUCAGAUCCAAGAGAUUGGUGAAUUUCAAGAGAUGGACGAUGAUGUUGAAUAUUUACUAGAUGCUUUACAGCCAAACAGUCAAGUUGCCUUGCGAUGUCUUUCUGCCUUGCAACUUGCCUCAAAAUGUAUGACGCCAUCAUUUAGAAUGCACAUUCGAGCUCAUGGAAUCGUUCCUAAAUUCUUUAAGGCACUCGAGGAUGCUCCAAAUGAUCCUAGUUUAGGAUUGUGUACAGCAAUGGUUAUGUUUGCCUUGUCACAGGAUACACUUAAAAUGGACUUGGAUCGUGGCUCACUGGAAUUGAUGCUUAACUUGCUGGAAUGUGAAGCUGAUCAGAAGCAAUUUCCAAAAGAUAUUGUCAUGAAUAAGCAGCAUAUAGAACGAAAACAGAAGGUACGAGAAUUAUGUGAGGAAAUUCAAAGUCAAGGAAAGUCGAUUCAUUUGAACCUUGAUAAUAUUACGGCAGCACAACUAGCUAUGGAAAGUUUAUUGUCAUUAACUUCUAAACGUGCCGGUGAAUGGCUCAAAGAGGAUUUGAGAGAAUUAGGAGGAAUUGAGCAUAUAAUUAAGACAGUUCACGAAUGCUGCAAUCAAGUCACUGAUUAUGUUGAGGAAUGGACAGAGCUACUAUUAGAAAAACUCAAUAAAAUUGGAAGAUGCUUGAGGAUUCUUGAGAAUGUGACGAGUAAUAGUGAAGAGAAUCAAAAGUACAUCCUUCAUUAUAAAUCUCAAGUAUUUAUCAAGACGCUGUGUCGUUUCUAUAACUUGCUGAGUACAGAGCUUACAUUAUAUCCAACAACUGAGAAAAGUGCAAAAGACUUUGCUGGCGUCGCUAUUCGUGAGACACUUUUAACCCUACUUAAAGUUAUUGUUAAUUUAACUCAUCCUUUCAAUGAACGUGCAAUCGGAAGCGUUUUGUUUGGCGACUUCAAGGAGAUAUUCCAGAUUUCAAUUAAUUCACUACUUUUUGGUGUAACCUACGUCUCAAGUCGAUUUCAAUUUGAUUUUUCUCUUUUAACACUUGUACUACUUAGUAACUUAACACAACUUAAUGAAAAGAAUCGUCAGAGUAUUAUGCAGUUAUCGAUUCCAGCUGAAGAGUUUGGAAAGGAAAAACAGCCUGCAAUUAAAUCUCUUAUUGAGUUCUUUUAUAGAUGCGAAGAUAAUGCAAAGACCCUCAAAAAAUUGACUGAUGACUUGAUCGACAACUCUAAGAAACGCGAUGCAAAGCAAGAAGAAGCUGUCAACGCAUUGAUCCAAAACUCUGGGACGCAUAUGGAGAAUACAAUUUUGGGAAGUUUCACUUGCACGUUACUUGGUUUCGUAAUAAUGAAUAAUCCAAACAAUGAGACAAUUGCUCGCAGAUACUUAAGAGAUGGCAAAUUCGAAACUAUGGUCGUUGUUUUGAAGCAAUAUUACGAGUUUUUGAAUCUUACUGUCAGCGCUGACGCAUCAUCAAUGGCACAACUCAAGACUAUCAAGAACGUAAUGGAUUAUUUAGUGAAUUGUGACGUGGACUAAAGAUAUUAUGACGAAUGUACAAAAACAGAUUUCAUCAAAGCUGUUUUCAUCCUUAUAUAAAGAGAGAAUUUUAUUUAAACUCACAAUUUUUGUUUCACUUUCUUUUAAGUCUUCAAUGUAAAUUAGAAUUAUUUUCUAAGGAAUAACUAUUAACGUGUAACUUGUAAAUAAAUUAACAGUCG